GAGGUCGUGUCAUGGUGGGUUCUAGGCUUCCUCGGCAAGUACCCGGUAGAGAUCAUGGCGUCGCUUGCUUGCGUCGUCCUGUUGCUCUUCAGGUGUUACCGGCGGGACGGGCUGCCGACCAACUGGCCGGUGUUGGGCGCGAUCCCGGCCAUCAGCGUGAACGCCGGGCGCGUGCACGACUGGCUCACGGAGUUCCUGCGCGCGGCGCCCGGGAUGUCGCACGUCAUCAAGGGGCCUUUGGGCACGCCGGUGGACGUGCUCGUCACGGCCAACCCGGCGGACGUGGCGCACAUCUUUACCGCCAACUUCGGCAACUACCCCAAGGGCGAGGAGUUCGCCGCCCUCUUCGACGUGCUCGGCGACGGCAUCUUCAACGCCGACGGCGAGUCUUGGGCGUUCCAGCGGCGGAAGGCGCACGCGCUGCUGUCCGACGGGAGGUUCCGCGACGCCGUCGCCGGGAGCACCGCGCGUAAGCUCGACGACGGGCUCGUGCCGCUCCUCGACGGCUUCGUUUCCUUUGGUGCCGUCGUGGACAUGCAGGACGUGUUCAUGCGCCUCACGUUCGACCUCACGGCGAUGUUCGUGUUCGGCGUCGACCCCGGAUGCCUAGCCGCCAACUUCCCGCGAGUCCCCUUCGCCGCGGCCAUGGAUGACGCCGAGGAGGUGCUGUUCUACCGGCACAUGACGCCCGUUGGGUGGCUGAGGAUCCAGACCUACCUAAACAUCGGCCACCACAAGAAGAUGAACCAGGCUCGGCAGGUGCUCGACGCGUCUAUCGCCGAGUUCAUCUCGCUCCGGCGACAGCGCGCGGCCGGUGCCGACGACGGCGCCGACCUCCUCACGUUGUACCUGGCGUGCCAAGCGGAGUCCGUGUGGGGCAAGGACUGCCUGGAGUUCCGGCCGGAGCGAUGGCUGAACGAGGCAGGGCGGCUCCAGCACCAGCCGUCGUACAAGUUCGUGGCGUUCAACGUGGGCCCCCGAACGUGCAUCGGCAGGGACCUGGCGUUCUCGCAGAUGAAAGCUGUUGUUGCUGCCGUCGUCCCCAGGUUCCGGAUGGAGGUUGCCGGCACCGAGGCCAUACCCAAGCUGUCCAUCAUACUGCACAUGAAGGAUGGGCUCAAGGUAAGGGUGCACAACAGACAAGACGAUAGCUAG